AGUUUCAGUUGACAACAAAAGACGUUUACCGCAUAAGCGAGAUUUUUAGAACGAAAAUCCAUGAGGUAUCGUUGAAGUGUAUAUUAUUGACUUGGCGUGAAUUAAACAGUUAAUUAGUGUAGAGGUCCUAUGUGAAUUAUGAAGAGACGAAAUGUUGAGAUCGGUAAGAUGAGACGACCCAUAAAAAGGAACAAAAUUACUGAAGGGAUUUACGGAAGCACUCUCCUAUACCUGAAGUUUUUGUCCCUUUGGGCUUUGGUAAUACUGGCCGAUUUCAUCUUGGAGUUUCGUUUCGAGUUCCUAUGGCCCUUCUACCUGUUGCUGCGUAGCGUUUACGACAGCUUCAAAUACCAGGGGCUGGCAUUUUCAAUUUUCUUCGUCUGCAUAGCCCUGACGUCGGACAUGUUGUGUUUUUUCUUCAUACCUGUACAUUGGUUGUUUUUCGCAGCUAGCACCUACGUCUGGGUACAAUAUGUCUGGCAUACUGAUAAGGGUAUCUGUGCCCCCACCAUAGUACUGUGGAUGCUUUUCGUUUAUUUGGAAACCGCAGUGCGUCUGCGCGAUAUAAAACAUAUGCCGGGCCAUCUGGAUCUGUGUAGACCUUUCGCAGCACAUUGCAUAGGUUACCCAGUUGUAACUCUUGGCUUCGGCUUCAAAUCGUAUAUUGGCUUCCGUAUGAGGCAGCGAAAACAGCGUGAUGUCGCUAAAGAGAAUGAAUUUUACAUGCAGCUCAUACAGCAAGCGCUGCCACAUGACACAAUGACUCAGAAUGUCGAGUCUGUUGAAAAUGCAAUUGUACCUGUUGCCCCUCCUGUACAAAAUAUUACUAAGAAUAGUCAUAAUAAUCGUCUGUCGCACCACGACAAAAACAGCCAUAUUCCUAAUGGACAUAUAGCCAAUGGUAUUCAUAAUAACAGCCAUGGGAAGUCACACAGAAAAUCCUUGGAUAAGAGCAAAAACGAUCAGAACGAUCAUGAACAAAGUAACAAACUUAGCGAUAAGCAUGACAAACAUAUAGAUAGACAGCAGAAGCAACAUGUCAAUCAUUCGCACACUAAUGGUUCGGCUGUUGGAGCAGGAGCCGACGAUAACUCCCACCAUCAUAAUAACGUGGAAACGGAGUCCAAACCUGCGCCGAGGAAGAGGGAUAAGCGCGAGGCUGAGAAGGAUCGCGAAGCAGCUGAAUAUCUGCAGAGGAUCGAGACAGAGUCAAGGAGGUUGAGGAGCGAUUUGCAAAAUAGCAGAGCCAGCGAGCAAGAACUCAGGUUACAGGUCGCUGCUCUGACUACGAGCGAGAAAGUAUUGAAGGGCGAAAUAUCCGCCCUGCAAAGGGAGGUGGAGGAGCUACAGCAGAGGUUGCAGAAUGUACAGAGUAGUAGAACGACGGAGAAACAGAAUUUGGCCAGCAUGGAGAGGCGGCUGGCCGAAGAAAGGAGGCUGAGGUCGAAUCUCGAGUCACAGCUUAAUCAGGAGAGGAAGAGUCGAAAGCAGGAAGAAGCCAGGGCGGCGCAGGUGGCCGCUCAGACUUCCAGAGAAUGCACGGAGCAGUGUAAAUCGAGACGGCGCGAGCUGGAAAACGAACUGACCGACUGUCGUUCGGCGCUCCACUGGGCCGAGGACAAGUACAAACAGAUCGACAGGGAGAACGUGAUCCUGGUCGAGCAGCUUCGCGACACCGACAUACUGAUGUCGGCUCUGUCCGCGAUGCAGGAGAAAAACACGCAUCUGGAAAAUUCCCUUUCCGCCGAGACCAGGAUAAAGCUGGAUCUGUUCAGCGCGCUCGGCGAGGCGAAACGACAGGUGGAAAUCAGGGACAGCGCCAAUCGAGCGCAAGAGAAAGAGAUCGAAGAGCUUAAGAGCAAGAUCGCCCAGGUUUUGGCCGUGAUGCCAAACGACACGUUCGGCGGUCCAGCCUCGACCACAAACCACUCGAGGGUGCGUCUGGCCGAGAGCCCCCCGGGUUCAACGCUGGACCCGAACGCCACGGCCUACACACCGAAGGGGUCGUUGGUGACCUCGACGGAAGCAUGAAAACGCCCCCUGUACGUCGUCCCUCGUUGCUAUUUGACACACACACAAUCACUUGUACUGAUACGAUGAUGAUUCGGAUUAUUGUCAUUGACACGAGUUGUUUGAUAGGCAGUCAGUGUUUCUCAUUUAUCUUGUUAGCUGUUACUUUGUUCCUGACUUCUUUGUUUACAGUAUUAUUAUAGAGCCUCGCUUCUUUUAAAUUUUAUCUAAAACAUUAGGUUUUUCAAUAUAGAUUCUAUGCAGUUCACCGUUUUUUAUUGUUGACCUGAGUGAAUGAACUGAAAAUAUUUGUCAUUCUAUUCGAACAAGGAAAAAAUCAACGUUUUCAGCGUUAAAUCUAAAAAAUUUUGGUUUAAAACAGAUUCAAAAUCAAAAUGAUAAAGUAGUGAAUGUAAAAAUAAAUAAAUUCGCAUUGAAAGCAAUUAUUCGUUGACGUUUUGAUCCAAGAAUAUUUUACUCUAUGACCUUUUUCGAGAAUUGUCUGAAUUUCCGAGAACACAGAAACACUGGCUGUCGGAUGUUUGAUUUUGUAUUAGCUUCUUUUAUGAUAGCUUAUUUAAUGUGAUAUAAUUUAUGACCUUUUUGGUACCUUAUCUGUGAGAAUUAUCCCUCUAAUUGGAUUUUGUUCUUAUAUAUAUUAAGCACAAAGGUACUGAGUUUUCUUUUUAACAUAAUGGCUCACUAUAUUUGCUGAACAAUGAUCUCUUGAAAUUUUUUGUUUGUUACAUCUCGAUAUGCCUUGUAGGUAUUAGGUUUGUGCUCGUGGACCUUGCUUACGUAGGGGUCUUACGGGUAUCCAACAUCCGAGUGUUGAUUUCUUGUUAUAUUUAACAAAAGGUAUGAUGGAUGCUAGUCCACCUAAAAUUUCUCUGAUUAACAAAGUCUUCUCUAGAUUUGGGACAGUAAUUUUGGAAGAGUCUCUGAAAAUUUUAUUAUUAUACAAAUUUGAGAAAUUGUAGGUGGCCUAUUGGGGAUUGACAUUGUGGAAAUUAUUUUUUUUUAUCAAAUCAAGAAAAAAAUAUUUGUUUUUGAGACAGAUCUGGGAUUGUUUAUUUAUCGACAUAAUAACGAUAUUAUUAUGAACUAACUAUGUUGAUGUACGAAUUCACCAAAAUUGCGACAUUGAUAAUGGCAAAGAUUGGGGUAAUCUCGAUGAAUGUUAAAAUUUAGAACAUGAUUUUGUUCGAAAAUUGUUGAAAAAUUCUUCAUUUUAAUUUCUUGAAAAGGAAUAUAUUUUUUUUAUGUACUUAAUAUGUAUUGGAUGCUUCGAGUUAUUCGAAUAGAUUUCCUUGGUCGAAA